GCGUCACUUGUUCUGGGCUAUUUCAUAAAACUACAAAUCUCCUUCGAAUUGAAACCCAUACGAAUCUAUCUGAAAUUGAACAAUGGCUUCUAAAAGAGUGGUGGUUGCUGGUGGUAACGGAUUCUUAGGGUCACGAAUCUGCAAAGCCGCCGUGGCUAGAGGUUGGUCAGUGACAUCUCUGAGUCGAUCCGGGGAACCACGAUGGGACACCGUUACGAGCUCUCCAGAGCGGCCUAGCUGGGCCAGCUCUGUGGAAUGGACCAGGGCGGAUCUACUGAAGCCGGAAUCAUAUACGCCACAUCUACAGGGAGCAAAUGCUGUUGUUCACAGCAUGGGGAUUCUUCUAGAGGCAGACUACAAGGGGGUCGUGCAAGGACGAGAGCCUAUCAUCAGCGGCCUACAGAGAGCGUUCAGUUCCUCCAAGCUGGGGAGUCAGAAUCCGCUUCAUAGAAAGGAAGGAGAAGCAUUAGAGCCAAAGGAGGGUGAUAGACAGUUGACUUAUGAACUGAUGAAUAGAGACUCUGCUAUUGCACUAGCACAGGAAUCAUCAGGCCAACAUGUUCCGACGUUCGUAUUCAUCUCCGCAGCUGGAGGAGCACCAAUCCUUCCAAGCAGAUAUAUCACAACCAAACGAGACGCCGAAGCAACCAUAUCAUCAAAGCUCCCAGACCUGAGGAGUAUCUUUAUGCGCCCUGCAUUCAUGUAUGAUUCGAGCAGAAAGUUCACAUUGCCGAUAGCGUUGGGUGGAUUCCUUGGUACCGAGGUCAAUGCUUUCUUGGGUAACAGACUCCAAUUCCUUGGAUCGAUGGUUGACAAGCCACUGCAAGUGGACGUUGUUGGUGAGGCCGUAGUCGAGGCGAUGGAAGAUGAAUCAACACACGGUGCAGUUGGGACGAAGCAAAUCGAAACACUGGCGACCAAGGCCUGGAGGAAAAGCAUGGUCUGAUUCCCGACCGGCAGCUGCUUGAAUAAAACAAGAGCGGCCAAAUCAACGCACCGAACCAUCUUGUAGCAUAAUUAACGACCCGCCCCAGAUGAGCGGGCUAUAAAAAGAUAUUGGACUGUACAAUAUAACGCGUUUAUGUAACAUUCGAAUCAAAUCAUCGUACCGCGUUCGAAACUGUCCCGAAUUUCGGUUGUGUACUUGUUGUAGAAACGCGAUAGCUUCAUGUUGAAUUGUUUGUUCUUCUCGUUGAUGUAGGUGACGUCGGAUUCGUCGUCGCCACGACGGUCCCUGCGCUUCUUGAGACGAACUUCCUCGGCCUUCUUCAAGUCUCCCACAAGCUUGUCAACCCCAGCUCGAUCCGGUUUAUUUUCUGCAAACCCAACAGAGUCCGCUGUGGAAUAAAAUGAGCC